UUCUAGGGGAGGACUGUGCCCUCGGUUCAGAGGAAAGGUGCAGAGUUCAGGGCGUCCUUAUCCGAGAGGGCGCUUGAGCAGCUCAGGCUCCCAAGGUCGUGCCGGGUCUGUUUAACUGGCGACCUGGCGGGUGGAAGAAGUAAGACAUGUUUGCACACGCGGUGAGGCGCGCCUUGCGCAAGAACAAGACCCUUCGCUACGGAGUCCCCAUGUUGUUACUGAUUGUUGGAGGUUCUUUUGGUCUUCGGGAGUUUUCGCAAAUCCGUUAUGAUGCUGUGAAGAUUAAAAUUGAUCCUGAAUUAGAAAAAAAACUGAAAAUGAAUAAAGUAUCAUUGGAAACAGAGUAUGAGAAAAUAAAGGACUCCGCUUUUGAUGACUGGAAGAAUAUUCGGGGACCUAGGCCCUGGGAAGACCCUGACCUCCUCCAAGGACGAAAUCCAGACAUCCUUAAGACAAAGACAACUUGACUUUGCUGAUUCUUUGUGUCUCUUUGAACUUUAAAUAAAAAUGUUAACUGGAAUUUCCACUACAUAUUCCUAUGGACAAAAAUUUCCAGACCUGUAGAAGCCUGAAUGUGAGAGUUGAUGACAUCUUCAUGAAAAGUUAAGUCCAGCCUUUAUACUGUCCAACUCUUUCAUUUGCAGAUAAAAGUAACAAUGUUGACUACAUGUAUUUUAUACCACUCAAUAAAAAUUUGACUACUACUUAAAGAGUGUCAUUUCUU